AUGUAUAGAACAACCCAAAAUCGUACGAAUCGCGUAUCUUAUUGCGAAAGUAUAGCCACAGUCUUGUUUUACUGGAUUGAGUUGCAGGAAACCACAUUCACCAUGAGUGGACCAUUGGCAGGACGUUUGGCGUUGGUCACCGGUGCCGGAUCGGGUAUCGGGCGAGUGGCGAGCAAGCUGCUCUCGCGCGACGGUGCCAUCGUCGUAGCUGUCGACCGCAACGGCAAGGCUGCGGAAGAGACUGUUCAACUCCUGAGCAAUCAGGGCGAAAACAGCUCCUUCGAGAUGGAUGUGUCUUCCAGCGACAGUAUCUCCAAGGUGCUGGAAGCCACCAUCGAGAAGUACAAACGUCCUCCAACGAUUGUAGUCAACUCGGCGGGCAUCACCAGGGACAACUUCAUGCUGAAGAUGCCCGAAUCGGACUUCGAUGCCGUGAUCAACGUGAACCUUAAGGGAACGUGGCUCAUGUUGAAACAAUUCGGUCAAGCUAUGGCAGACCACAAGGUUAGCGGAUCGAUGGUCAAUGUUUCGUCGAUUGUUGCGCGCAAUGGUAACAUUGGUCAAUCGAAUUAUAGUCCAAGCAAAGCCGGCGUUGAAGCGAUGACCAAAGUCGUAGCCAGAGAGUUCGGGCGUUACAAUAUUCGUGUGAAUGCCGUCGUUCCCGGAUUCAUCCAAACGCCCAUGACCGAUACGCUGCCGCAGAAGAUCAAGGAUAUGGUCGUGAUGCAGUGUGCCUUGCGACGUUUCGGAAAGCCCGAAGAAAUCGCUGAAGUGAUUGCAUUCUUGGCAUCGGACAAGAGCAGUUAUAUGAAUGGUACAUCGGUUGAAGUUACUGGUGGAUAAAUGGUAUUGCACGUCAAUGCUUGGAAGCAUUGAAUUUUCAGGUCAAACAAUAAAAGCAUUUUGUAAAUUGUAUUCUUGAGGAAUCAUUGAGCAUUUAUUUUACGAUGUAAAUAAAGGUAUUUUAUGAAUGUUUUGAAA